UUCUUUUCCAAAAUAGUGUGCACGGGGACUAGCAUGGGGGAUUUCGCAGCCCCCGCUGCCUCCACCAACGGCGGCAGCAGCCUGUGCAUCAGCAGUGCCCUGGGCAGCGGCAUCGGCGGGGCUGGCACCGGCAUCGGGGUUGGUAGUCACAGUGGUAAUAAUACCCCUCCCAGCACUGCUGCCCCCAAUGCGCCGAACAAUAGCAGCAACGUGAGCAUUCCAAAGCACAGCACCGUGGUGGAGAGGCUCCGGCAGAGGAUAGAGGGCUGCAGGAGGCACCAUGUCAACUGCGAGAGCAGGUACCAGCAAGCCCAGGCGGAGCAACUGGAAAUGGAGAGAAGGGACACGGUGAAUCUCUAUCAGAGGACACUGGAGCAAAGGGCCAAGAAGUCAGGCGCCAGCCAAGGGGGACCUACUGCGGGAUCAACUACUGGGGCCGGUCACAAUCCCCACCCGGCCAAGCAGCAGCCGCACGAUGGAGAGCUAGCGGGCAGCGGCACCAUCGAGCACAGGAACCACACUCUGAUCAUGCUUCAAGAAGCUGUGCAGAAGAAAUUAGAAGGGGCACGUUCACCGCUUAAUGGAGAGCAACAAAAUGGCAUUUGUGACGGCAGGUAUUCUCCAUCUGCUAAACGGCGGAGAAAGGACAUACAAGGUAUGGACACUCUUAAUAAUAUUUCAAAUAUGCCACUGCCUUCGGUGUCACCCCUUCACCAGCUUGAUAUAAAGCCACACCUACCUGUUACUAAUAGCGUGACUCAUUCGGGUGGAGCAGAGGACAUGAAUAAAAACGGUGGACAACAAGAUGUAAAACUAGCAGUAAAUGGUUCUAACGAGUUGGAGGAGAACUUUAAUGUCAUAAACAAAGAGAUGAAACAAGAACCACUAGAUGACGCUUCUGUUAUUGACACUUCUGAUACUUCUCUUUCCAACCAAAACAAGCUUUUCUCAGACAUUAAUUUGAAUGACCAGGAGUGGCAGGAGUUGAUAGAUGAACUUGCUAACACUGUACCUGAAGAUGACAUUCAGGACUUGUUCAAUGAGGACUUUGAGGAUAAAAAGGACCUAGACUUUUCCAGGCCUACAGCUCAAACACCUAUUCCUCAAGAAAGUGCCAGUGUAAAGAGUGAUCCAUCUCACUCUCCAUUCCCACAUGUCUCAAUGGGUUCUCCCCAGGUUAGACCUUCUUCGUCUGGCCCUUCUUUUUCUAAUGUGUCUUCUGUAUCCAGUAUACCCUCUGUAUCCAGUGCUCCAUCAACAAUAAUGCUUGCAGGUUCCCCUGCAAGUUGUGUUGUCCAGUCACCACAAACACCAAAUCCACCUCAUACACCAGGUCAGACCUCAAUAAGACCUGGCAAUGGCUAUGUCAUGACACCGACUUCUAGUUCAGGAAAUGGGUCUGUAAACCUCCCAAGUGCUGACUUAUCUCCAGCUGAGCAACUAAAGCAAAUGGCAGCACAACAACAGCAACGAGCAAAACUCAUACAACAAAAGCAGCAACAUCAGCAGCAACAACAACAUACAAACCAGCCAUCCAACUGGUCACCUGUGGGGCCUCCAUCUAGUCCAUAUGGAGGAACCUUUGGAACUGAGAAGCCAAAUAGCCCAAUGAUGUAUACUCAAACCUUCAACAACCAAAAUACUAUUGUACCUCCAAUAGGAAACAAUCCAUCUAAAACCACUAUGAACAACUACCUCCCCCAAAGCCACAUGAACAUGAUAAGUCAGCAGACCAGCAAUCUGAACUCUAACUCCAUCAGCAAAACACCCAAUAUGCUCCAUUAUGGCAAUACAAAACCACUGACUCAUUUUAAUGCAGAUAUGAGUCAAAGAAUGACUCCUCCAAUUGCCAACCAAAACAAAAAUGCCAUGCUACCGUACAUACAGCAGCAGCAGCAGCAGCAGCAGCAGCCUCCUCCAAUGCCACCACAGAUGAGCCAUUUGAGUGAGGAACAGAAGCGCAUGCUUAUCAUGAAACAGAAGGGACUUAUGAAUCAGCAGAUGGGUUAUGGAUCUCUCCCAAACCAUGGCCAGGAGCAGAGUCCAGUUGCAAUGUCCAGGCCUGCUGGUGCCAUGCAGCAGUCUGUGCCAGGAGCCACGGCAAACCCUGGAGGACCGGGCUUCAUAACCAGCCAGCCCCAAGCCGCUAUGAUGAAGCAGAUGCUGAUAGAACAGAGGGCUCAGCUACACGCCAUGGAGCAGCAGAAGCAGCAGUUUCUCAGGGAGCAGAGACAGCAGCAGCAACAUAUACUGGCUGAGCAGCAGUUACAGCAACCACACAUGAAUAGACAGCAUCUUCAGCAACAGAGGAAUCCGUACGGAGUGCAGCAAGUCAGCCAAUUUCAAGGGUCGCCACAAGACAUUGCAGUUGCUCGAAACCAAGCAGCACUUCAGAAUAUGAGAGCAUCUCGGAUGAUGGCCCAGAACACUGGUAUGAUGCCCAUGGGUCCUUCACAAAACCCAGGAACAAUGCCCUCCGGCCCUCUCCAGCCUGAGUUGGGAAUGGCUCCCUAUAGCAACACAUCAUCAAGUCAGCCGGGAAUCUAUGCCAUGAACGCAGGAGUAAACCAAAUAAUGCAGCACCCAAACCAAAACUUAAGCAUGGGCCAUGGUGCUGUGCAGGGUCCACGGCAACCCAGUUCUGGGCAAGCAUUGGGCAUGGUUGGGGGAUUUAGUCAGAAUAUGCUUGUAAACUCUGUGAUGCCACAACAUCAACAAAUGAAAGGACCUGUUGGUCAACCCAUGACCAGAUCUCAGGCUCCAAGACUUCAAAACAUGAUGACAUCGUUACCGCAGAGUGCACAAAAUUGGACCCAACGUGGAUUACAAGGCAUGAGAACUAGCGGUGAUAUGGGGGCUUAUAACAAUGGAUCUGUUUAUUCAAUGCAGCCUGGACAGUCAAGGAUAAGCAAACAGCAUUUUCAGCAAGGGAUGGGCCAGACUGUUGUUGACAGUACGGGAGCAGUAAGAGCCCUAAACCCUGCAAUGAGCAGACAGAUGAUGCCAUCAUUACCUGGGCAAGGCACCAAUCAGCAAAGACAAAUGAUACCUGGCAUGAACCCUGGAGUCCCUAACAUGACAGGAUUUAAUCAGGCUCCACCACAGCAAUUAUCCACUGCAAACUUUCCUCAGAGUAACCAGAGUCAGGCAUAUGACAGGAAUCAAGACAUGUCAUACAGCUACACAGAUUCCAGCACUGGACCCUUUCCAGGUCUACCAGAUGGCACAGACCUUGUAGACUCAAUUAUGAGCAGGGGGCCAGGAGAUGAGUGGAUGCAGGAACUUGAUGAGUUAUUUGGAAAUCAGUAAAAAAAAAAAUCUGAACAAUUAAAUACGAAAAAUGUUAAUGUGCUAAAGGAAAAGGACAGCACCCCAUCCAUAUCUUUUGUGUGUAGAUGAGCUCAACUGCGGGCAGUUACAGAAGCAUUUGGUGGGAAAACAAUGCUGUUCAGGUGGGGAGAAGGUUGUCUUAUAGUCAGUAGCUUGAGAUGGUAGAUGUUCAUGGUAACGGUGAUGUGAAAGCAGUUGGUUUAUCCCAUUAUCAUUGACUUAGAUUCAUGCAUUACAUACAAGGAGCAGAGCCCGGAGAGGCUAAAUAUGUGCAUGGUUACCCACAAGGUUGAUAUGGGUCUUACCAAGGGAGCAGACACUUCCAUUUGGAGUAAAUUAACUUAUUUGCUUUUGAAAAUAUAUAUGGCUAACGGGUUUAGCCAUCAGAUAUCUUGCUUUAAAAUCAGACAGGGAGGCAGAGUUACGAAGUGCCACAUUUCUACAUUGGAGUACAAG